CGUAGGAGUGUGGUCCAAGGGCACUUAGAGUAAUUGGCAGAAGUAGAAGCAGAGGCAGAGGCAGAGCCAGCGGGAUAGGAGAAGAGCCAUACAUCUGGAGCCAGAAUGUCCACUAAAGGCAAACACCUACAACCUGAGCAGGGGAUGGACCCUUUUGAGGAAAAGCUACGGAUGCUGAAGGAGGCCUUCAACACAGGGAAGACAAAGAUGGCUAAGUUCAGAGCUGAACAACUGCAGAGCCUGGGCCGCUUCCUGCAGGACAGUAGCAAGCAACUUCAUGAUGCCCUGGAUGGAGACCUGGGCAAGUCAGCCUUCGAGUCAGACAUGAGUGAGAUCAUCCUGUGCCAGAAUGAGGUGGACCUGGCCCUCAAGAACCUGCAGACCUGGAUGAAGGAUGAGCCUGUGUCUACCAACUUGAGUGAUGAGGGAGAGCGCUACAUUGCCCCCACAGUGUUAGUGGAUGUGCAGGAGACAGAGCCCGUGAUGCAGGAGGAGAUCUUUGGGCCCAUCCUGCCCCUGGUGACUGUGAGGAGCCUGGAUGAAGCCAUUGAGUUCAUGAACCGGCGGGAGAAGCCACUAGUGCUCUAUGCCUAUUCCAACAACUCGGAGGUCGUCAAACAGGUGUUGGACCAGACCAGCAGCGGGGGCUUCUGUGGGAACGAUGGCUUCAUGCACAUGACCCUGUCCAGCCUUCCUUUUGGAGGAGUGGGAUCGAGCGGGAUGGGCAGGUACCACGGCAAGUUCUCCUUUGACACCUUUUCCAACCAGCGUGCCUGUCUGCUGAGUUGCUCUGGGAUGGAAAAGCUUAAUGGCCUCCGUUAUCCACCCUAUAGUCCCCGUAGGCAGCAGCUACUAAGAUGGGCUAUCAGCUCCCAGAGCUGCACCCUUCUCUAAAUACCGCACUGACUCCUCUCUCCUGCUGCCCUGCCCCAACCUACUUAAGCUUUCACCUGCUUCCAAGUCCCCAGUGGUUCCUGAAAGGCAAGUAUCUGGUCCAGCCUGUAAACACCCCACUUCUGGAACUUUUUCUGAACAUACCUCCUGCCAGGCAGGAUGUCCAGGUGGCUGGUCCAGCCCCUUCUCAUACCAUAGCACCCCCAGCAACCUCCUGACCUUCUGCUUAGACAGAGAAGCCCCCUCACCAAGUUUGGGCAGAUCUGGUGACUGAGGGGAACUUUCUUUGUCAGACUGCAACAGGAUCCCAAAAGACAGAGCAGUUGCCUACAACUCCAUCCACACCUGGAGGGUAGCUUUGUCCCACUUGAAGUAACAUGAUCAUGGACCCAGAUCAGAUUAAUUGGUGGAAUCUGUCUGAAGUGUGUUCAUUAGUUACUUUCCUGUGGCUUCUAUUAAAUGGCCUCCCAUGGGCAAGUUCAAGAGGGAA